AUGGGCUUGAUUGAGGACAUCGCCAGCCACUUUUCGUGGAAGUCGGCCUUAGCCGUCACCGUCCUGGUCUAUGUCGUGUACUCGGCCUAUGUCCACAUUGACGAGCGCAACCGCCUCCGCCGCACGGGCGGCGUCCGGGCCCCGUACUUUCCCGGCCGUCUUCCGGGCAGCAUCGACCUCGUUAUCCGCACACUUAAGGCCGCCUCCAAACACAAGAACCGCGAGCACUGGGAGUUCAUUUUCCGCUCUGUCGAUAACCACAGCGCCGAGUUCCGUGUCCUGGGCCGCCGCAUCAUCUUCACCGAUGAUCCGGAGAACAUCAAGGCCAUCUUGGCCACCCAGUUCCAGGACUACGGCAAAGGCGAGCCCUUCCACCGAGAGUUUGAGCCCUUCCUGGGAGAUAGCAUCUUCACUACCGACGGCAGCCGCUGGCACGCCAGCCGCCAGCUCCUCCGCCCGCAGUUCAUCAAGGACCGCGUGUCCGACCUGCACACCUUUGAGAACCACCUGCAGGUCUUGUUCGCUGCCAUGGCGGUUGGCGGCGAUGCCGCCGCCACUGCCGCUUAUAUUUCGUCCCGCAACGAUGGCACCACCGUUGCCAACAUGUCAGCCAACGGCCGCACCCUUGACAUGGCCGACCUCUUCUUCCGCUACACGCUAGACGUGGCUACUGACUUCCUUCUUGGAAAGGACACGCAGUCUUUGACCAUCCCUCGCCAGGAGUUCGCCGAAGCCUUCAACGAGGUUCAACGCGUCCAAAGUUUGAUCAGCCGCACCGGCCCGGCCAACACAUUCAUCCCGCGCGGCUCGUACAACCGUGGUCUUCGUGUCAUUGACGAAUUUAUCAACCCGUUUAUCGACAGGGCCCUCUUGUUGUCGCCUGACGAGCUCGAGAAGACCAUACACGACAGCGACGACACCCAGGGCCGUUACACAUUCCUGCAUGCCCUCGCCCAGUUCACGCGCGACCGCAAGGUUCUGCGUGAUCAGCUCAUGGCCGUACUUCUGGCCGGCCGCGACACAACUGCCGCCACGCUCUCGUGGGCCAUAUACGAGCUGGCCAAGAAACCCGAGUGCGUCAAGCGCCUGCGCGCUGAGAUCGCCCAGAACGUUGGCAUCGAGGGCCAGGCCGAGUGCCGCCACCCCACGUACGCCGACCUCAAGUCCAUGAAGUACCUGCAGCAUAUCUUGAACGAGACACUGCGCAUGUACCCGGCUGUGCCCUUUAACGUGCGCCUGGCCCUGCACGACACCACAUUGCCACGCGGCGGUGGGCCGGACGGCUCUGAGCCGGUGGCUGUUCUCAAGGACACCCCGAUCGGCUAUUCGACCCUGCUCAUGCACCGCCGUGCCGACCUGUACCCCGCCAACCUGCCCGACCCCAACGAGUUUUACCCCGAGCGCUGGGACCACUGGCAGCCGCGUCCCUGGCAGUACAUCCCCUUUAACGGCGGGCCGCGCAUCUGCAUUGGCCAGCAGUUUGCCCUCACCGAGAUGGGCUACGUGCUGGUGCGCUUCUUCCAGAAGUUUGAGAGGAUCGUGAACCACAUGGAUCCCAUCGACGGUGGUAGCCCCAAGCUCAAGGCUGACAUCGUCUUGCAGCCUGGCGAUGGCGUCAAGGUUGCAUUUUUCGAGUCCGGCAAGGCACAAUAA